ACGCGUGGUGCGCAAAUCGAUCGCCAGAGUCCUGACUGUUAUCAAUCAGACCCAGAAGGAGAACUUGAGGAAGUUUUACAAGGGCAAAAAGUAUAAGCCCCUUGAUCUGCGGCCGAAGAAGACUCGUGCCAUGCGACGCAGGUUGAACAAACACGAAGAAAAUCUGAAGACCAAAAAACAGCAGCGAAAAGAACGUCUGUACCCUGCCCGGAAAUACGCCAUCAAGGCGUAAAACAGCACUGGGCUGGAAGUUCUUAAGUACUGGCUGAGUGUCUUAUUAAAUAGAACGUUGUUUGGAA